ACUAUCAGAAUUUGAGGUUACUGAAUACAAACUAGUUGUUUUUGUUGUGUGUAGAUAGUAAAAUGAAUGUGAUGGUUUUACCUGAAUUAUUUGCGAAGCAUGUUAAUUUUACAAGUAUACAUUCGGUGUAUCUCUUAAACAAAUAUAAACAUUUAAUUAAAUGGAAAAAUAAUCCAUCAAUUAUGGAAUUUGGUUUUGGAGAUGGCGGUACUUCGGCUGCCGCAUUACAACCACUCAUUCCACAUGAUUGUAAGGAGUUUAUAGCUGCAGAUGUCUCCCAACAAAUGGUCAAGUAUGCAGAGCAGAAUGCGAAAUUACCAGAAAGGGGGAAAAUUAUACAAUUCAAUAUUAGUGCGCAAGAUAUUCCAUUGGAAUUUCAAAAUCGAUUUGAUCAUAUUUUUAGCUUCUUCACGUUCCACUGUAUACCAAAAAUUAGCGCGAGUAAUGCAUUUAACAACGUUUACAAAAUGUUAAAACCGGGAGGUCAAACUUUUCACGUCUUUCUUGAACCCACACCUUUGGAUGAUAUUUUCUAUGAGAUGUCGAAACAUUCAAAAUGGGGAAAAUAUGGACAAGAAUCUAUGUUGUCACCUUACUAUUUUCAAUCAAAUCAACAGGAUGGUUGUAAAAGAGAUCUAGUUAACGCGGGAUUUGUAGAUAUUGAAAUGAGAUUAGAAGAAUUCGUUCAUGAAUUUCCUCACGAGGAAGCUUGGAAGGAAAAUUACAUUGCAGUGAAUGCAGCUUAUUCGUUUAUACCACUUGAAGAGAAAGAAGAAUACAAAAAGUAUUUUUUCCAGCAAAUAAAAGAAAAAGUAAUAAUCAAUAAUGAAGAUGAUGAUCGAUUUCCCAGGAUAAAACAUUCUAUAUUUGUAGUUUCUGCGAAAAAAUAGCAAUUUUACAAUUUAUCACAUUGAAAAAGUAUUAUUAAUUGUUGUUAUGUAUGAUCAAUUAUUUAUAUCGAAUUUAUUUCUUAACGUUUUUGUAAAUAUUUCCAAAUACACAUUUGUUUAUGCAAAAUAUAA